AUGCCAUCGCGGUUGGCCAACGGGAGCGGUUCUUCUGCUCAUCUCUUACCUCGAAAGUCCCUUCGCCUGCCUUUUCACUACUUCUUGACGGCUGUGCGCGAUAGGCUAAUUGAUGACAUCGUGAGUACUUCACGAAAGGGGUCGGAUGCACGACAAGUGGUUAGACUAAGGGGCGGUUUUCUACUGGGUCCUUCACCUGCGUCGUCUGAAUGGAGUGCAGGUUGGGAACACCAUGCGCGUACCCGACCACUGAUUUACAGCCAGCUUCAAAUACACCUAUCUCAGCCGCCCACGACUUCGUCUUGUGCACGGCUCCUAGUGCAUCCUGUCCUAAGGCCAACUUUCUACUUACCCCUGCAUGCUUGCCUGCCACUUCCCUCAGGAGCACCGAUAACCCUGCUUCCGCACGGUGUACCUGCUCAUUACCUGCAUUUAUACACUGGCCCUACUUCUGCACUUACUAGUCAAUUCGAAACCUCUCUCAUGGGUUUAGGAGCCGGAGAUUGGAAAGGCGCAAUAGAGGCUGGAAUAUCCAUUGCUACCUCGUCCGCCUCUGUGUGUGGCGAUGGUCAAUUACCUUCAUACGUUAUUGCUUGGCUUUCUGUACAGAACAAACAGGGAGAGGACAAGGGCAUGCCCAUCAUUUGGCCGGUCCGCCUCUGUUUAUCUUAUCAUCCCAGUUCGCCAGCUCCUCACGCGCGAACCUCUCUGCCAUGGAACCCUGAGCUACCCACACAGCUGCAGGCAUCACCGCCUCCACCCCCACCAGCCGUGCCUCUAACUCUGUACAACUUGGAGGUGCAACCGCCAUUAUAUGCAGACGGUAGGACAACGCCUCAGCAGCAUGCGACUCCUAGACUUCCCGAUACAGCACACCUUCGAACGCCAGUAUCACGCCGGAGACGCACGCUGACAUCGUCUCCAACUGCCGAGUCCCUGCGCGCGUUUCGCACCAUGACGCUCUCGACAAAACCAUAUGCCAGAGGGAUGCAAAACGUUGCUACGGAAGUUGGUGGCUACGUGGACUCGGUAGCCAAGGACAGGGAUCGCGAACGCGAGCGCAUGAAGCGAGAAAGGGAGGGUGCCAGCGCUCGGGGUCGAGCUACGAGCAUAAGUGGGCCUCCGCCAAAUACUAUGCAACUCACGCCGGAUGUGCCAAAGACGGAGCAGCCAGCCGUAAUAACUCCGGCAGCCACAUCUUCUCCAGCGCCCCCGGACGACGUCCCAAUGGAUGAGGAUACAGGGCAUACUCUUGAUUCGUCCCAGGAUUCAUCACUCAACUCGUUAUUCUCUCCUCCGACAGACGCAGCGACUCCUUUCCCUGAUUCGGUGGAAAGUAUUUUGAUCCCUUCUGACUCUCACCUGAGCGCGGAGCCGAUUGAUCUCAGCGUACUGCAGCCAGCCCCAGAAGGUUUCGCUGCAGAUCCAAUAGGGACUUUCGAUGAUGCGUUCGGCGGCUUUACUGCGCCUUGGCCUCAGCCUACGACUUCGGAUUUCAUGGAUAUUGGCAUGAAGUACGAUAUAGGUUUCAACAUGAACAUGGACUCCCUGAGCCAUUCGCGUCCUGGUGAUCGCGGUGGGGACACGUUUGAUAUGGACGACGGUUUUGGCGUGUUCACGGACGACGACUUCAAUUUCUUCGACGCGCCUGCUGUGCAGGCUCGCCCUGGAGCUAUAUCCACCAUUCCUAUGCAGGUAGACAGCGUGAUAAAGGCCAGUGAAGGACUCACCCCUGCGGCAGGACCUGCCCCGCUGGGCUUUUCACCUCAGCGCUCCGGAGAUAUAAUGCAUAUAUCAGGCCCUGGACCUCCACUGUUGAGCAUAUCACAGUCUUCUGCAUGGUCUCACCAUGGUCUAGCGGAAGGGUUCACUCCACGCGAUUUUCAUGCCUUCGACAGCAUUCCCCCAGCACCUGAAUUGUUACCACCAUCUCCUUCGCAGACGCCUUCUUCACAUUCCGCGCCGGCGACACCUACAGUGCAAUUGUCGGACCACGAUGACCAUGCCGGAGGCCAGAAGUUGGGUUAUCCUAGUCUUGGCGCGAGUAUCUUCGACCCCAUACCAUUUGCGCCGAGUCAUAGGAUCAACGACAGCAAAUACGCUUUCGGCAAAUUUGCAUUGCCGAGUCCUCCGGAUGACGUGGAGCGAGCACAAGCGAUGUUCUUCCCGUCCUCGGGGCUGUCUCCGGCUGGCGGCUGGAGGGAUCGAUAUAGUGCCGCCACCGAUCCUCGAAUUGGUAUCAUGCGAAAGUUGAUUGGCGUCAAGCGCAAGAGCUUUACCCAGGGUGUGCGACCCGUCCGUAUGUCCCCGUCUUGGGUGAGGGAACAUGAGGAGUGGGAGAGCAAUACACCUUCCCCAAGUGUCGAGGAGACCAAAUCUGACGGUGAGUCUGACGACGAUGAACCAUGGGCUGACGAAGACGAACAAGUCCCGGAUUCUCGGCCUUCAACGCCUCCACCAUCAUAUCUACCCAUGGGUCCGACCCUGCUUCACACAAACUUCCACCAUUCGCGCCUCUUGCCUCUCUGCUCUCCCCUUCGACCUCCGGGCAUGGUGCUGGAGCCUCCAGCCAAUAUAACGGUGCCCAUAUCAGUUCCGACGCCUGUGUCUCCGGCGGCAUUGGUCGGUGCGGCUUCAGAGAAAUCCAAGUCGUUGGAGGCUGCUGCACAAUUGCUUGUAAGGGAGGUGGUGGAGAAUUCUGCGUGGGCCGAUGCGUGGCGGAUCAAUGCAGCUGUGUCCUCAGUGGUACCUAGGCCCUCCGCUGAAGUCUGGCAGACUGAUGUGAAGAGAGCCGCAUUACUCCUGGAAGGUGUGCGGGGGAUGCAACCGACUGUUGACCUCUGCACAUUAAUCGGAUUAGAGCAUCCGCCUCCCGAAGUCAACGGACCUUUGACUUCACCGCCUCUUAUUAUGUUGGAGCCUCCGGUGCUGGCUGUGGGUAAAGCGGAUUCUAUCAUACAGGUCCUCCCCACAGCCUUACGGUUCUGGGAGAAACUGGGACUUCGUCCAAGAGCAGGUCAAAAGGAUGUCAAUGCUUACGUUUUCUAUGAGUCCGCUAAUGAUGAGCGGGAAGUGGAGAUCGCACAUUGGCUUGACAGAGUGUCUGCUGCGUAUUCGGCACGAAACCUUGGAACACACUCCGCUGGUAACUCGGCUGGAUGUGUUAGGCCUGGUUUAGUUCCGACGCGAUUUGAUUCAAUCAAGAAGACACUGGUCAACUUUGUGGCUACUCUGGCUCCCAUGCCGGAAGCGUAUUUUGUCUUUUACGUGGUCACGCCGCCCUCAAUGGUCGGCUUGACCUCGACGCCACUUCGUCAAAUCCUCUCGGCCAUCAAACGUACAAUGAAAGCACACCCCGGGCAUGGGAUUCUCUUCCAUUUCGUUCCGGAAGCAUUUACGACAGGAGGUCUCGCAGACCCUCGAGCAUUGCACGGAGGCCUUGAGUUAUUCGUCCAUAGCGUAUAUGAUCGCAUCCUGCAGCCGGUUGAACGUUCGAUGUCACGGAUCCUCGGUGCUUCUGGUGCUCGUAUACGAAGCAGCUUCCAUGCCCCGGCAUAUGCACUUACGGGGAAGAUUGCUACUAACUCAGGGCAAGGGUCCAACGGCGGGCACAUGGUAACGUUCAGACUUGACUCGCAUCCCAGUUCCCUAGAUGUUGUGGAUCGGCAUGCUCUGUUGCAUGUUGGCUACCAUGUAACCCCGUGUGGUCGAUGGGUUCUCGCGGCAUGCGUGGAUGAGCGAGGUGAAGAGUACGAGCUCGGUGUAUGGUUAACGCCUACAGAGUCCGUGGAGUCGUUUGUUGUCAGCCAAGUCUGGUCGUUUUCCCGAGCAUUUGCCGCAAGAGCGAACGUGGAAUGGCGAAUUGUCGUCGCCAAGCUUGGAACCAUGGGAGAAAGCGAAUUGGAUGCAUGGAUAAUGCACCUGGAUCAAGCCAUGUCAAAUCUCCUAGAGACUGCCCCGCCAGUCCAAGUCACUUUAUUGACUGUGGAAUGCCAAAACUCCUGGACGCUGCUUACGCCGACUUCCGUGACAGGGACCAAACCUACUCAACUCUAUACCGCUGCGUAUUCGCGUUCCACACCUCGUGUGCCUUCGGGUGCAAUGUUUGCGGAUUCUGCGUACACCUCUUAUGCAGUCUUCCCGCUUGGAGAGCUCGGGUGCAUACCAGCUCUUAGCCCCGUGAUCAAAUGUGGAUCCGGACCAGGCUCAGCCGACACGUCGUCUAUCUCCGAUUUUGAAGACGAGGAGCCGUUGCUGCACAGCCAGCCGUACCUGCGCGUCACUGGGUCGAGCACUCUGAUCAGCGUGCCAGCCGGGGCCGACUAUACCGCAGUUUCUAUGGUGCACAUAUACCGAUUACAUUCGGUUUCGUCGCCGAAGGUUAUGAUGCCAAAGCGGAUAGAUUCUGUGGAGGUACAGGACGAAGAGGUGCAGACGCUUCGGGAUAUAACGCACAAUUAUCAUGCGUUAGCUGUUCUGGCGUAUUCCAAGUGGAAGUUGCAAGAACAUCCUGGGUUGCCCAUUCAUCUGGCGGCUUUGAUGACGAUGAAAAUGGCGCUGAUGGGUGGAGGCGUCGAGACUACUCUGUGA